UCUGAGUUGUGCGCCAUGCCCAGCACCUGGCCCACCGCCCUCUGGGAAGCCCUUCCUUGGGUCGGACCUGCAGCCCACUCUGACCCCCACACAUUGCCUUCUAAGCCCUUCACUCAGAGGCUUCUUCAUGGCAGCCAUAAAUAAUUCUAACAGUGAAUGAAUCAAGUCCUGGCCAGCUAGGCUUGCCAGAGGCACUGGGCUUGGCUGAGAGAGAGAUUCUAAGUCUCCUGGCCCUGACCCUGCAGCUGAAAUGUUCCCGGGCUGGUCUUCAGCAGCGCUCUCUCCCUGGGCAGCUACCGCAGCCCAAUUUGGUCUUUCAGGCCCCCCCGCCCCCGCAACCCCAACUCCACUCCUCUUGCCCACCAAGAGCACAGGGAGCACUCAGCACUUCUGGACAGCCACAGCGACUUGGAAGAGCCAAGAAGGCCCAGCUGACAGCCCAGAGGACGGGUUCCCAGCAGGCUCCGGGCUGGUUCUGUCUGUUCCCUGUGUGUGUCUAUGGGGAUUAGGAGCUGGGAAGUCCGGGGAUCGGAACAUCGGCUAACAUCACCUAACGGGUUGACCACUGCCAGCCCACCUCCUCCCACCCUGUCCCACCCACGUCGAUUGUACCUCUGGGCUCUGGAGAGGGAACGGGCCUUGGAGAGCACCAUGAUUUCAGCGUUCUUAGUGCUGGCCGUCGGCACCUGCCUCGCAACCUCCUUAGUGCCAGAGAAAGAGAAAGACCCCAAGUACUGGAGAGACCAAGCUCAGCAGACCCUGAAAAAUGCCCUGAGGCUUCAGAAUCUCAACACCAAUGUGGCUAAGAAUAUCAUCAUGUUCCUGGGAGAUGGGAUGGGCGUCUCCACGGUGACAGCGGCCCGCAUCCUCAAGGGUCAGUUGCACCACAACCCUGGGGAGGAGACCAGGCUGGAAAUGGACAAAUUCCCCCACGUGGCCCUCUCCAAGACAUACAAUACCAACGCUCAGGUCCCCGACAGCGCGGGCACCGCCACUGCCUACUUGUGCGGGGUGAAGGCCAAUGAGGGCACCGUGGGGGUGAGCGCAGCCACCCAGCGCUCCCAGUGCAACACCACUCGGGGGAACGAGGUCACCUCCAUCCUGCGCUGGGCCAAGGACUCUGGGAAAUCCGUGGGCAUCGUGACCACCACGCGAGUGAACCAUGCCACCCCCAGCGCCACCUACGCCCACUCUGCUGACCGGGACUGGUACUCAGACAACGAGAUGCCGCCAGAGGCCCUGAGCCAGGGCUGCAAGGACAUUGCCUACCAGCUCAUGCACAACAUCAGGGAUAUCGAGGUGAUCUUGGGGGGCGGCCGGAAGUACAUGUUCCCCAAGAAUACAACCGAUGUGGAGUAUGAGCAAGAUGAGAAGGCCAGGGGUACAAGGCUGGAUGGCCUGAACCUCAUCGACAUCUGGAAGAGCUUCAAACCAAGACAUAAGCACUCUCACUAUGUCUGGAACCGCACUGAACUCCUGGCCCUCAAACCCAGCACCGUGGACUACCUCUUAGGUCUCUUUGAACCGGGGGACAUGCAGUAUGAGCUGAACAGGAACAAUGGGACUGACCCGUCACUUUCCGAGAUGGUGGAGAUUGCCAUCAAGAUCCUGAGCAAGAAUCCCAGAGGCUUCUUCUUGCUGGUGGAAGGAGGCAGGAUUGACCACGGGCACCAUGAGGGCAAGGCCAAGCAGGCGCUGCACGAGGCGGUGGAGAUGGAUCUGGCCAUCGGGCAGGCAGGUGCCAUGACCUCCCUGGAAGACACACUGACCGUCGUUACUGCUGACCACUCCCACGUCUUCACAUUUGGCGGGUACACACCCCGUGGCAACUCUAUCUUUGGUCUGGCCCCCAUGGUGAGCGACACGGACAAGAAGCCCUUCACUGCUAUCCUGUAUGGCAACGGGCCUGGCUACAAGGUGGUGGGCGGUGAGCGAGAAAAUGUCUCCAUGGUGGACUACGCUCACAACAACUACCAGGCUCAGUCUGCUGUGCCGCUGCGCCACGAGACCCACGGUGGGGAGGACGUGGCGGUCUUUGCCAAGGGCCCCAUGGCGCACCUGCUGCAUGGCGUCCACGAACAGAACUACAUCCCCCACGUGAUGGCUUACGCCGCCUGCAUCGGUGCCAACCGCGACCACUGCGCCUCAGCCAACUCAUCGGGCAGCCCCUCCCCAGGCCCCCUGCUGCUCCUGCUGGCCCUGCUCCCCCUGGGCAUCCUGUUCUGAGGGCCCGGGGCCUGGGCACCCACUAGCCCGUGACAGAUGGCCAGC